AUGCUCGGACCCGAACCCGUGCCCGCUCCGGGGGCUUCGCAGACCGUGGCCGGCCGGAGGCGCCCGGUUUCAGAAGCGGGCAAGGGAACAAGAUGUGAACUGUUUUCCUUCUGCAGAACGAGAGGCCCUUCCUCCCCUCCCCGCCAAGGCAAAUGUCCUGAAAAAGACUGCAUGGAAAUGGCUUGCCUCACAAUGACAGAAAUGGAAGGAACAUGCACACCUCCUAUGCAUCAGAAUGGUGAUAUUCCUGGAAUUACUGACCCUGUGAAACAAAUAGAUCCAAUCCUUCAGGUGUAUCUUUAUCAUUCCCUUGGGAAAACUGAAGGAGAUUACCUGAAAUUUUCAACUGGGGAAUAUGUUGCAGAAGAAAUUUGUAUUGCUGCUUCUAAAGCCUGUGGAAUCACACCUGUGUAUCAUAGUAUGUUUGCUUUAAUGAGUGAAACAGAAAGGAUCUGGUAUCCACCCAACCAUGUCUUCCAUAUAGAUGAGUCAACGAGGCACAAUGUACUCUAUAGAAUAAGAUUUUACUUUCCUUACUGGUAUUGUAGCGGCAGCAACAGAACUUAUCGACAUGGAAUAACUCGAGGUGCUGAAGCUCCUCUCCUUGAUGACUUUGUUAUGUCUUACCUUUUUGCUCAGUGGCGGCAUGAUUUUUUGCAUGGAUGGAUAAAAGUACCUGUGACUCAUGAAACACAGGAAGAGUGUCUUGGGAUGGCAGUAUUAGAUAUGAUGAGAAUAGCCAAAGAAAAUGAUCAAACCCCUCUGGACGUCUAUAGCUCUAUCAGCUAUAAGACAUUCUUACCAAAAUGUAUUCGAGCAAAGAUCCAAGACUAUCAUAUUUUGACAAGAAAGCGAAUAAGGUACCGAUUUCGCAGAUUUAUUGAGCAAUUCAGCCAUUGCAAAGCCACUGCCAGAAACUUGAAACUUAAGUAUCUUAUAAAUCUGGAAACUCUUCAGUCUGCCUUCUACACAGAGCAAUUUGAAGUAAAAGAACCUGGAAGAGGUCCUUCAGGUGAGGAGAUUUUUGCAACCAUUAUAAUAACUGGAAACGGUGGAAUUCAGUGGUCAAGAGGGAAACAUAAAGAAAGUGAAACACUGACAGAACAGGAUUUACAGUUAUAUUGUGACUUUCCCGAUAUUAUUGAUGUCAGUAUUAAGCAGGCAAGCCAAGAAGGCUCAAAUGAAAGCAGAAUUGUAACUAUCCAUAAGCAAGAUGGUAAAAAUCUGGAAAUUGAACUUAGUUCAUUAAAGGAGGCUUUGUCUUUUGUGUCAUUAAUUGAUGGAUAUUAUAGAUUAACUGCAGAUGCACAUCAUUACCUCUGUAAAGAAGUAGCAUCUCCAGUGGUUCUUGAAAAUUUACAAAGCAACUGUCAUGGCCCAAUUUCAAUGGAUUUUGCCAUAAGUAAACUGAAGAAAGCAGGUAAUCAGACCGGACUUUAUGUACUUCGAUGCAGUCCUAAGGAGUUUAAUAAAUAUUUUUUGACUUUUGCUGUUGAGCGUGAUAAUGUCAUUGAAUAUAAGCACUGUUUGAUUACAAAAAAUGAGAAUGGAGAAUUCAACCUCAGUGGGACUAAGAAGAACUUCAGUAAUCUUAAAGAUCUUUUGAAUUGCUACCAGAUGGAAACUGUUCGCUCAGACAAUAUAAUUUUCCAAUUUACAAAAUGUUGUCCUCCAAAGCCAAAAGAUAAAUCAAACCUUCUAGUCUUCAGAACAAAUAGUGUUUCUGAUGUACCAACCUCACCAACAUUACAGAGACAUAAUAAUGUGAACCAAAUGGUGUUUCACAAAAUCAGAAAUGAAGAUUUAAUAUUUAAUGAAAGUCUUGGCCAAGGCACUUUUACAAAAAUUUUUAAAGGUGUAAGAAGAGAAGUAGGAGAUUAUGGUCAACUGCAUGAAACAGAAGUUCUUUUAAAAGUUCUGGAUAAAACACAUAGAAACUAUUCAGAGUCUUUCUUUGAAGCAGCAAGCAUGAUGAGCCAGCUUUCUCACAAGCAUCUGGUUUUAAAUUAUGGAGUAUGUGUCUGUGGAGAGGAGAAUAUUCUGGUUCAGGAGUUUGUGAAAUUUGGAUCACUAGAUACAUAUUUGAAAAAGAAUAAAAGUUCUAUAAAUAUAUUAUGGAAACUUGAAGUGGCUAAACAAUUGGCAUGGGCCAUGCAUUUUCUAGAAGAAAAAAACCUUAUUCAUGGGAAUGUGUGUGCCAAAAACAUUCUACUUAUUAGAGAAGAAGACAGGAAGGCAGGAAAUCCUCCUUUCAUCAAACUUAGUGAUCCUGGCAUUAGUGUUACAGUUUUGCCAAAGGACAUUCUUCAAGAGAGAAUACCAUGGGUACCACCUGAAUGUAUUGAAAAUCCUAAAAACUUAAACUUGGCAACAGACAAAUGGAGUUUUGGUACCACUUUGUGGGAAAUCUGCAGUGGAGGAGAUAAGCCUCUCAGUGCUUUGGAUUCUCAAAGAAAGCUACAGUUUUAUGAAGAUAGACACCAGCUUCCUGCACCAAAGUGGACAGAACUAGCAAAUCUUAUUAAUAAUUGUAUGGAUUAUGAACCAGAUUUUAGACCUUCUUUCAGAGCCAUCAUACGAGAUCUUAAUAGUUUGUUUACUCCGGAUUAUGAAAUAUUACUAGAGAAUGACAUGUUACCAAAUAUGAGGAUAGGUGCCCUAGGGUUUUCUGGUGCUUUUGAAGACCAAGACCCUACUCAGUUUGAAGAGAGACACUUGAAAUUUCUGCAGCAACUUGGCAAGGGUAAUUUUGGAAGUGUCGAGAUGUGCCGGUAUGACCCUCUACAAGACAACACUGGGGAGGUGGUGGCUGUGAAAAAGCUCCAGCACAGUACUGAGGAGCACCUCAGAGACUUUGAAAGGGAAAUUGAAAUCCUUAAAUCCCUGCAGCAUGACAACAUUGUGAAGUACAAGGGAGUGUGCUACAGUGCUGGCCGGCGUAAUCUAAGAUUAAUUAUGGAAUAUUUACCAUAUGGAAGUUUACGAGACUAUCUCCAAAAGCAUAAAGAACGAAUAGAUCAUAAGAAACUUUUGCAAUAUACAUCACAAAUAUGCAAGGGUAUGGAAUAUCUCGGUACAAAAAGGUAUAUCCACAGGGAUCUGGCAACAAGGAAUAUAUUGGUAGAGAAUGAAAACAGAGUUAAAAUUGGAGAUUUUGGGUUAACAAAAGUCUUGCCACAAGACAAAGAAUACUACAAAGUGAAAGAACCUGGUGAAAGUCCUAUAUUCUGGUAUGCUCCAGAAUCACUGACAGAGAGCAAGUUUUCUGUGGCCUCAGAUGUUUGGAGCUUUGGAGUAGUCCUGUAUGAACUCUUCACCUAUAUUGAGAAGAGUAAAAGUCCACCAGCGGAAUUCAUGCGUAUGAUUGGCAAUGACAAACAAGGACAGAUGAUUGUGUUUCAUUUGAUAGAACUCUUGAAGAAUAAUGGAAGAUUACCAAGACCAGAUGGAUGCCCUGAUGAGAUCUAUUUGAUCAUGACAGAAUGCUGGAAUAAUAAUGUAAAUCAACGACCCUCUUUCAGACACCUAGCUCUUCGCGUUGAUCAAAUAAGGGACAACAUAGCUGGAUGA